GCAAGGCUCGCCCCCGCUCCAUGCACCCUCUCCACUCCGAAACGCGUCUCCUACCCCGGCCUCGUCGGUCUCGGAUCCUUUCACCGACCAGCAACGCCUGUCCAAGCUCUCCUACGACUCUUCGCCCUCUCAUGCUCCAGGCUCCUCUGCGCACCUCCUCCAAGACCGCUCAUUAUCAUCAUACCCCUCAAUAGCCUAUCGGUUCACCGCUUUUUCAAGUAGUCCGUCAUUAUCGGUCGCGUCCGACUCGCCCUACAUCGGCCCAAGCCGCCCACUGUCUUUAGGCGACGACUACACGUUCUCGCCCGACCCCCAGCAGUGGGGCGCAGACCUCUCGCUCGAUUACAAGGAGGAAGACGACUACCUCCACACGCCAGAACCAGCCCCCACUCAUAAGGGCAAAUGGAUUGAACACGACGGCCAUGUGUUCUCCUGGCGCGGGGUCACCAACCUCGGCGCGUUGAUGAUCCUCAUUAUCGGCAUUCUGACGUUGUUUGCCGGGUACCCGAUGAUCACAGCCCUUACCUCGAAACCUCUCAGCAAUCUGGGAGCGUUCAACAUCGGCGGAGUGAACGCCUCCGGCCAGGUGCCGGAUAUUCCGGGACACCGUAGUCUAAUUGAUGUCGACACUCCAAGGAGCGCUUACACGAAGCAGGCGUGGCACUCGGAUGAGACGUUUGAGCUGGUGUUCUCUGAUGAGUUCAACGUCGACGGGCGGACCUUCUACCCUGGCGACGAUCCGUACUGGGAGGCGGUAGACCUGCAUUACUGGGCGACUAACAACCUGGAGUGGUAUGACCCAGAGGCAAUCACGACACAGGAUGGCAACCUGGUCAUCACGCUGGAGAGGAAAGAGACUCACAAUCUGCAUUUCCAGGGCGGCAUGAUGACUUCUUGGAAUAAGUUCUGCUUCACGGGCGGUUAUAUCGAGGCGAACGUAUCCCUUCCGGGAGUGAACAACAUCGUGGGGCUGUGGCCUGCUAUCUGGACAAUGGGUAACCUAGGUCGCGCAGGAUACGGCGCGUCGCUUGAGGGCAUGUGGCCAUACACAUACGACACAUGCGACAUCGGCACGGUGGCGAACCAGACCAUCAACAACCUGCCCGCGGCUGCGCAGGUCAACGGCGACACCGGACACGAUGGGAUCCUCUCCUUCCUUCCCGGGCAAAAGCUUUCGCGGUGUACAUGCCCGGGUGAGACGCACCCGGGUCCCAAACACAGCGACGGCAGCUUCGUGGGCAGGGCUGCGCCGGAAAUCGACAUGUUCGAGGCACAGAUCACAGGGACGCCGUUAGUGGCACAGGUAUCUCAAAGCGCACAGUGGGCACCAUUCAACCACGCGUACCUGUGGAACAACACGGCCGAGAACGAGAUUAUCGUGGACCCGUCAAUCUCCGAAUUGAACACGUUCACCGGUAGCGUCACGCAACAGGCGACGUCGGUGGUCACUGCGACGGACCCCAAUUGCUACGAAUACGAUCUCGGGUGCUUCUCGAUAUACGGGUUUGAGUAUCAGCCGGGUUUCGAGGAAGGGUAUAUCACCUGGGUGUCGAACAACAAGGUUUCGUGGACCUUGAUGGGCACUGGAAUGGGCCCCGAUCCGACCGUCGAAAUUUCUGAGCGGCCCGUGCCCCCAGAGCCUAUGUACAUCAUCAUGAACCUGGGCAUGUCGUACAACUUCGGCGAGAUCGACCUGGACCACCUCCCGUUCCCGGUGCACAUGCGCGUGGACUACAUCCGCGUGUACCAGCCCUCGAGCGCGGUCAACAUCGGGUGCGACCCCAAGGACUACCCCACGCAGGACUACAUCAACACGUACCUCGAGGCGUACUCGAACCCGAACCUCACGACGUGGAGCGGCGACUACGCGCAGGAGUGGCCGAAGAACAGCUUCCUCGGCCAGUGCUGAUCACACGCGGGCACGCGUACGCCCGCAUGUACCAUCACUGACCCCUCAUCAUGUUGUACCUGGACGCGGACGCCCGCCCCACCCUCGCGCGCCCCCCGUACCCCCGAAAGAGCGCGCGGCGGGACGCGACGCGUGCGCACCCCCGCCCUGCACGUGCGGCGGCGCCGUGGGUUCGAGACGUCCGACUCCCCCGCUUGUACCUAUACCAGACUCCGCACCCGUGUUUUUCUCCUGUCGUGCCUGCUGCUAUCGCCAAGCUCUUCCGCAUCGUUGACGCCCCCGCGCGAAUCGCCCCUCUCUGCCCGCCCCGCCCGCUGCCGUUGUCGAAAUAUGCGCGCGCUGCGCCCCUUUACCCGCGCCGGCGCCGCGCGCCCAUGGUUUAGCCGCCGCACGCCCGACGCCCGGUGGCGUCCCUGCCUCCCGCCCGCCCGGUCUUCCUCCCUCCCUGCCUAUCCUGCUAUCGUACCCUGGGCGGUGGCGGCGGGGCAAUAAGGCUGGCGCGCUUCCCCGCCUGGCAGCUCUCUCGUCCCUCGCGACGAUCCGCUCCUUCCCAUCCUCAUCCUCGGACUCGCGCUCUAACGCUUUUCCGAACCUGAACCCUCCGUUGCAUCCUCUGAAUUCACAGACGAUCGUAGCACAACGUUUUCUCGGACACUCAUUGCGGACUGUAGCUAGUCUGGCUGGGCCGUCGGCAUACACGCACAUGCACACACGUCUUCCACUCCUUGAUUUUCACAUACGAUUAGAUUUGGUGGGACAUGUUGCUCGAGCCGGUGACGGUGGUAAAAUGGUACAGGCCCUCUGUCCCCGGGGGUGGGAAGAGGAAGACUUUGACCGCUGCUGGUGGGGCCGGUCGGGCAUGUCGUGCGCCCCUGUGCCGCGACCGGCGACGCCAACUACGCCAACCUGGUGGUUAGGUGCUUCUACUUCUGAUAUGGGGUGGACCUUAUUAGCGUUAAAAAGUUCUGUGGGCCUAAAUCUACCUACGGGCUUUUGUGCGGCGGAUUAGAGACGUUGACGAGGAGCAGCGGUCUCGGCUCAUGUAUUUCUGCUACUAUACCUUGUUCAUAAUCGG